UGGACAACUUUAAAGACGAUUUACUCAAUAAUUUGAUUGUUUUGCACCCUCAGAUUCCAUCCAGAUUUUCAAAGAAGCUAGUUGUAUCUCUUUUGUCCUAUCCUAACAAAUCAUACAUCAAUGGAAUAUGUAUUUAAAAAAAGACCCUUAUGACUGGUUUUGUGGUCCAGAGUCACAGUGUGAUCAACAGAGGGAUUCGUUUGUUGUUUUUAGAGUUGAUUUAAUAAGAAAGAACAUUCUCUGGUAACAUAGAUGUAUAUGCGGAAAAGGCGUGAUUUACAUAGACGUAUCCUAUUUUAUGCGCGUGAGAUUGUUACCUUACGCUCGCGCGCAGUGUUGUGUGUGUGUGUAAGUACAAGUGGAAAAAACUGCGUGGCAUUUUGAUUUAUGUCAUCGGAAGCAGGGAUUUACAGUCCCACGGCUCUCGUCUCAUAAACGGCUGAUCUGAGGUCAGGUCGAGCGGAUAGUUCUGCGCUUGCAGCGUGUUGCUGUGCAGAUUGAAGCUCGCGCGGAGCGGAGGCGGGGCGUCGGAUCUGUUUCUAUGGCGACCUGCAGCUUGUAAAUAGCGUGUUUUCUUCUCCAUGCGAACUCAAACACAUUCUCACGGCGCGCGGACACACGGCUCUAUCUGUCCGUCAGAGUCACACGACAACACACUGCUCCGGGUAUCUGACACAUUUCGAACUCAGGAAGUUGCUAUUUGUGUUCGCUUUCAUUUUUAUUUUUUUUAUCAUAAAGCAAAUAUUUGAAUGAGACAUUGUAAGAUUUCAAUCAAAAUCAAGGUGUUUGUUCUGCUGUUUGGUGUCACAGAGAUGGAGAAGUAUGAGAAGAUCAGUAAGAUCGGGGAAGGCUCGUACGGAGUCGUGUUCAAGUGCAGGAAUAAAGACACCGGACAGAUCGUUGCCAUCAAGAAGUUUGUGGAGUCUGAGGAUGAUCCCAUCAUUAAGAAAAUAGCACUCAGAGAAAUCCGCAUGCUGAAGCAACUGAAACAUCCAAACCUGGUGAAUCUGAUCGAGGUGUUCAGAAGAAAGAGAAAACUGCACCUGGUGUUUGAGUACUGCGACCACACCGUCCUAAAUGAGCUGGACAGAUACACAAGAGGCGUUCCAGAACACAUGGUUAAAAGCAUCAUCUGGCAAACACUUCAGGCUGUGAACUUCUGCCACAAACAAAAUUGUAUCCACAGAGAUGUGAAGCCUGAAAAUAUUCUCAUCACCAAACAUCAGGUCAUCAAACUCUGUGACUUUGGCUUUGCCAGGAUCCUCACGGGUCCAUGUGAUUAUUACACGGAUUAUGUAGCGACGCGGUGGUACCGAGCUCCAGAACUGUUAGUAGGGGACACACAGUAUGGGCCGCCAGUAGACGUCUGGGCAGUAGGCUGUGUGUUUGCAGAGCUGCUCUCUGGUGCUCCUUUAUGGCCGGGAAAAUCUGAUGUAGACCAGCUGUAUCUGAUCAGGAAAACUCUGGGCGAGUUGAUUCCUCGACACCAGCAGGUGUUCAGCACUAACCAGUUCUUCAGCGGAGUUUGUGUCCCUGAACCACAGGGGAUGGAGCCUCUUGAACUGAAGUACCCAAAUAUCUCGUACCAGGCGCUGAGCCUGAUGAAGGGUUGUCUGCGGAUGGACCCGGCUGAGAGGCUCUCCUGUGAGCAGUUACUGGAGCUGCCAUACUUUGACAGUCUGAGAGAAGAGAGCGAGAGUGUGACACGUGAACUGGACCGCAAGAGACGCACACGCCAGCCACGCAAACACCUGCCUCCUGGGUAUCUGCCUCAGUUGGCCAGCAGUACGGUCUUCCCAGCCGUGGAAAACAGAAAAUACUACAACAACCUGCGCAAAUUCAACUAUCAUCUACCCAACAUAUGAUUUAUUGACUCAUCAGGAACCCGAGAGCCUACCGACCACCUCCCAUCUGAUGUGUGUGUGUGUGUAUGUGUGUGUGUGUGAGAUAGACAAAGGGCUCUGCUCUGCUUGUAGAACAAUGAUGUCACACUGCCAAAGCGAAGACUCACAGAGGCAUUUCUGUAAUAUAUAAAAUGACAACAGCAAUAAUAAUAGCGUUAAAACUGAAUGCUGUGCUGUGCUUGAUAGUUUGAUUAGAAACUGACUUCAGGGCUAUAGAAGAGUUUGCUCUGUGGGACAGAUUUUUUUUUUUUUACACCUCUAUUAGAUCCAGACAUUUUACAUAGUUAUAAAUCCUAAUGAUGUUUGAAGUGUGUAUAUGUGACUAAAAUAAUUUCUAGAGACGUAACCAGACCCAGAAAAAAAAUCAACAAACAUUUUCAGAUUUUCUGUAUAUAAAAGACUGGAAUUUUGCAUUAUGGAAUGGAUUUUAAAAAUCAGAAUUCUGAGUUGCUGAAAGCAUGAUCAAAUUAGCCAAAAUAUUUAAUAAAUGAAGUGUUUGGGGAUGUAUAGAACUUGUUUGAAAUGCUCUUUCUGUGUGGGCCUGGAAAUAAGCCUGUAAGCGCUUUGGGUGUACAGCAAUACACAAUAAAGCGCUAUAUAAAUGCCUCAUUCAUUCAUUGUGGACAUAAUGAUCUUUUUGUUGCCUUUAUGAGUGGUGCUAAUAAUUGCACCAGUGACUUGCAGCAAAUGCCAAAUUCAGUGUGAUUUGCAAAUGUGUUUUUUGUGUUAAAAUAGAUG